CCCGGCCCGGGGGCGAUGCCGACACAGCGGGACGGCACCGCCGGCAGCACCAUGUCGGCUCCGGGCGGCCUCGGCGGCAGCCUCGGCGGGGACGGCGCCCACCAGGUCCGGGUGAAAGCCUACUACAAGGGGGACAUCAUGAUAACCUAUUUUGAACCUUCCAUCUCGUUUGAGGGACUGUGCAGUGAAGUUCGGGACAUGUGCUCCUUCGACAACGAGCAGCUGUUCACCAUGAAGUGGAUUGAUGAGGAAGGAGAUCCAUGUACAGUUUCCUCUCAGCUGGAGUUAGAAGAGGCCUUUCGGUUGUAUGAACUAAACAAGGAUUCAGAGCUUCUGAUUCAUGUGUUUCCUUGUGUACCAGAGAGGCCUGGCAUGCCUUGUCCAGGAGAAGACAAAUCCAUUUAUCGCCGAGGCGCCCGCCGGUGGCGAAAGCUCUAUUGUGCAAAUGGUCACACUUUCCAAGCCAAACGAUUUAACAGGAGAGCUCACUGUGCCAUCUGCACUGACCGGAUAUGGGGCCUGGGGCGCCAGGGCUACAAGUGCAUCAACUGCAAACUCCUGGUUCACAAGAAGUGUCACAAGCUUGUCAGCAGUGAUUGUGGCCGUCACACACUACAGCCAGAGCCAAUAAUGCCUAUGGAUCCAUCAUCAGUGCAUUCAGAUAAUGUAGAAUCAGUGAUUCCGUACAAUCCCUCGAGUCACGAGAGCUUGGACCAUGUUGGUGAAGAAAAAGAGGCAAUGAGCAUCAGGGAAAGUGGCAAAGCUUCCUCCAGCCUGGGCCUUCAGGAUUUUGACUUGCUCCGAGUCAUUGGAAGAGGCAGCUACGCCAAAGUGCUGCUGGUCCGACUGAAGAAAACCGAGCGCAUUUACGCCAUGAAAGUGGUGAAGAAAGAGCUCGUCAACGAUGAUGAGGAUAUUGAUUGGGUUCAGACAGAGAAACACGUCUUUGAACAGGCUUCAAACCAUCCCUUUCUGGUUGGGCUGCACUCUUGCUUUCAGACAGAAAGCAGGUUAUUCUUUGUUAUAGAAUAUGUGAAUGGAGGAGACCUGAUGUUCCAUAUGCAGAGGCAGAGGAAGCUGCCAGAGGAGCAUGCCAGGUUUUAUUCUGCUGAAAUCAGUCUGGCAUUGAACUAUUUACAUGAACGAGGGAUAAUCUACAGGGAUUUAAAACUGGAUAAUGUGCUGCUAGAUUCUGAAGGGCAUAUCAAACUCACAGAUUAUGGCAUGUGCAAGGAGGGUCUGAGGCCUGGUGACACAACCAGCACAUUCUGUGGGACUCCAAACUAUAUCGCACCUGAAAUUCUCAGGGGAGAGGAUUAUGGCUUCAGCGUAGACUGGUGGGCUCUUGGCGUGCUCAUGUUUGAGAUGAUGGCAGGCAGGUCGCCGUUUGACAUCGUGGGGAGUUCUGACAAUCCUGAUCAGAACACAGAAGAUUAUCUCUUCCAAGUAAUUUUGGAAAAACAGAUCCGAAUUCCUCGAUCCCUCUCUGUUAAAGCAGCAGGUGUUCUAAAGAGUUUCCUUAACAAGGAUCCAAAGGAGCGUUUGGGCUGCCAUCCUCAGACAGGGUUUGCAGAUAUCCAGGGACAUCCCUUCUUCCGCAAUGUGGAUUGGGAUCUGAUGGAGCAAAAACAAGUGGUGCCUCCAUUUAAGCCAAAUAUAUCUGGAGAGUUUGGUCUGGAUAACUUUGAUUCCCAGUUCACCAAUGAACCUGUGCAGCUUACUCCAGAUGAUGAUGAUAUUGUGAAGAAGAUUGACCAGUCUGAAUUUGAAGGCUUUGAAUACAUAAAUCCUCUUUUGAUGUCAGCUGAGGAAUGUGUCUGAAUUCUCCAUUUCUGGACUGUGCCAAUUGUUACUGUUUGUUUCUGCAUGGAUAAACAUCUCUCCAUUUGGAUGCACUUGCAUAGAAUGAGUAACUGAACAUCCUGCCCUUGCCACCAGUGAAUUACUCACUAAUUUUCUUUUUGUAUUAAUGUUGUCCAGGACAGUUGUUAUGCUGAAUCUUCAGCUGCCAGAUUUAAAAUGUUAAACUUUCCAGCAGUCUUGCCAAACUUGAAUUUUAACACAGGAGUUGGUCUAUGGGGCUCCUGUGCCUGAGCAAAGGUGUCUGGCUGUAUAGUUUGCCAGUACAGCUUUCUGAGCAAGGAGAGGUUUUUAGUGCUUAAUGAACACAAAUUGCAUCAGGUGAUGUAAUAAAUUAUCAUUCAAGGAUUUCAGGUUUUUCAGCAAGAUGAGUAAGAACUUAUCACUUCUGUAGUUCUGAAUCUCUUCUCUCUAAACAUCUGAUUUCCCUGUUUUAUGCUUAGAGCUCUGUUAGUGCCCUUCAGAUUGAAAUGACAGCAAGGAGAGCAGACACUGUACAGGUCAAAAAUAAGAAUGGCUGCUUUCACAGGGUUUAUUGAUCCUGUCCUGAAGGAGAUGAUUAACUCAAUAUUAGAAUUGGUAGACUUUGCUCCAGAAUUCACACUAGGAAUUCCAUGCUGAUGCAGAGAGUGCCUUUCUAGCCUGGCCCUGUCAGCGAGGGUCGGGCACAGCAUCAAGUGUCAGUUUAAAUAAAGAAUUCAGUUAACACUUUGAGAAGUUAAAAUCUCUACAGCAUAAUUUAGCAGUAAUGGGCAGCUAAUGCUGACAGAUGUAGAGCCUCAUACUAUUUAUUGCUUUUACACUUUCUGUCUUAACUGCAUCAGAACUGCACACGGUACAGCUGGGGCCUGGAUCAGGGCAUUGGUUCCUUUUUGAUCUCACUGCCACAUUGCUGGGAGUGUGUUCCACUUUGGCAGUGGAAAAAGCACAUCUAGAAUAAAAAUAGGUGCUGUCCACAAUGACUCCCUUUACUCCUCCCCUUAGAGAUGGUGAUCUGUAAUCACAGUCAAACCUGAAAUGUUGGGAGCAGGCUCAAGGAAAGCAAUUGAAAGAAUGGUUCAAACUAGGACUUAGGAGGUGUGUUUGUUACAUUUCAUGUUAGUAAGCAGUGUAAUAUACAGCACAGGUAAUUCUUAUUUGUAAUGUUUAAGCAAUAGUUAUGAAUGUUUUGGGCUGAAGAAAUGCCAAAUGUACCACUUUUUUUUUUUUUUUAUUGCUUUGGGGAAAAGGGAUUAAGAGACAUUGAAGAAAGGAAUCUGUAUUAUGUAAGAGCUGCAAGACAAGCUAAGUAUCACUGAAAGCAGGUCUGAGUAUCUGCAAGCACAAGUUAGCAAACAUUACCUGGAGCUUUUACAAAGACUUUCUGCUUGGCCAGUGUCUCUCCUUGAAAAUCCUUGUAUUGCAACACUGUAAAUUCAUAGUACAAAUCUUCCUGUGUAUGUUUGUUCACUUCCAUGUGAGCUGCAAGGAGAGAGAUUGCACAAAUAACAUGCUGGUGUCAUGGUAUCAUAGUUAGCUCAUAUUUUUCUUUGCAACAUGAAUAGGAAACUCUUUAUACUGGGCUGAGUUUUCAAAACUGGGAAGUGAUUUGAGGGGCUUCGGUUUCAGGGAAGUGUUGAACCUCGGCACUGUUACAAAUCAUGUUCCCUUAAGCUCAAGUUGUGUCUUUUCAAAUGUAAAAUAUCAGAGUAAACCUUUUAAAGAGCAGCUAAUACCUUCAGCACGUUUAUGUCAAGUGAACUGCUUACGUGCAGUUUUAAAAUGGUGAUUGUUCAGCCUCUGACUCCUGCACCCACAUGGCUGGUUUAGACAUCAGGGCAGAACUGAUAUGAAAUGCAGAAGCUAUUUAAACAAGAAAAGCCUUGUCUCUACAGUGGCUUAGUUUCCUAUGGGGUAUUAAGGAAAAUGGCUUUAUGUAAGGAAGGGCAUUUCUGCCAUUUAUCACAGAAGAGUAAAGCAAAACUUAAUUUUUUUUUAACAUAGAUAAUGCCACAGAAAAGAUACUUUUUCUAUUUACAUAUCUAACCAUUAAGAAUGUUGCAAAAGUGACAAAUAUCUUAAAUUGCUGUAAAUCCAUUUUUAAACUUUAAUUUUUUCCAAAGUGCCAUGAUAUUAACUGUUAUUUUUCACUGUUAAGCAUAUAGCAACUGUCAUAAAUAUUCAGAAGGGACAUUGGGUGUAAACAGUCCAGUGCAGUAGGCUUUGUUUUUUGGAGAACGUGUCUGCAUCAGAAGCAUGAUGUAUUUAUGAGGAGUAACCUCCUUUUUUGUAUGUGAGUUGGAUUCCUAUGGGUGCUCUGCUAGUUAAUAUUGUCACUAUUAUUUUCCUAUUUCAUAUGGAAUAUGGUCUUGAACGUUGUUGUGUAAUCAUUUCCUUUAUUUGUGCACACUUUUUACUUUAAAUAAAACAUUUAUAUUAGGCCUCUGUGUGUUAAAAUCUCAAACAAAUGCUGUGAAAUGCUGGGCUUUGCUUGGGAUUGACCCUUUUAACUAUCCACAACUCACAAGAGCCUUGUUCUAAUCUUGUCAUUUCUUGUAGAACGUUGCUCUGGGAUAGACCCCAGCAACCCAAGAAAUGCCUUCCUCAGCCUGUAUUCCCCAAAUGUGUCUGAGAAUGCAGGUCCCUUUCCAGCAUCAUUCCUCAGCCUCAUGUUCCUCAUGCCCUUUUGGAGGAAAAGCGUCCUUGUAGGUUCUGUCUUUCAUUCCAACACCAGAGCUGAGACAAAAGCUGUGAGGCUUCAGUGUGCUGUGCAGAGACUGAAAGCUUCAAGGGAAAUACAAAAUGCGACUCCAGCUUGCUCGUCCAAGGGCCUCUUUCAGCUGGAACUUGUAACGACGUCACCUCAGCUGCCAGAGCUGGGAUUUGGAGUUCUGAGCAAAGCUCUCGUCUGCUGCACUUAUUUCUGCAUGAUUUCUUUCUUUGUUUCUUCAACUCCUCCCCUGCAUUCUCUGAGAUUUCUGACGUGGGAGGGGGCGAGGGCACUUACCUCAUACCCUGCUAUGGAUGCAGUAUUUUAAUAUAUCUGUGUUCCUGUCUCUGUGUAUGUUUUAGCAAGAGGAAAUCUCUUCAGUCUGGCUGGUUAUGCAGAGUGUUACCAGCAGUCCCCGGCGAGUGCUGCAGAUGGCUGCAUAUCUUACAUGCUUAACCUCCCCCCACACACGCUCCUUGUUUCUGUUCAGUUGGGUGCCCAGCUGCUCUCGCCUCAGUCUGAGCAAUUGUUUAUGCUAAGACACUGUAAAAGAAAUUAAUAGCUUGUAUAAUCUAUAUAUACACUUGAUAACUGCUAAGCCUGCGUCCUCUCUCUGUGAUGGACAGUGUAAGACGUUUAACCAAGAGACAUUUAAUCUGAAAUUGGCCACAGAAUAAUGAUGUUUUCCUGGGAAGAGGGAGGUGGGGAUUGAAGCCCCUUUGAGCAAAAGGGGAUUUUACCAUAUCUUGCAUUUUCUUUUGAAGAGUUCCCCUAGGAACUUAUUUUAUUUUAAUUAUCUUAUUUUAAGAUAAUUUUUUUCCUGCUUGUGAUAAAGGGAUCUGAACUGCCUACUUGAAGUGUGGGCUCUUACCAUUUAAUCACCAAUAAUUAAAGGCAGAGAAGCAUCUACCUCCCCUGUCUGUUUGGCUUUUGCAGGAGAUGGAUGGCAUAAAUAGAACCAGGAGUCUCUUGUAUCCACAUUUGACUUCUAAACGUGAACAAAGUGCCUGGGUUUACACCUCUUCUGCACUGGGGUAGCACUAAGGUGUAGUUCAAGUUCUUCAGGAGCUUCAGUGUUCCCACAGUGACUUAUCCUGCAGGAUGUGGUGCCUGCCAAAAUCUAUCAACUUCCUGUGCUUAGGGUAAAAUAAUAGGGUAACUAAUACAGUAUCUUGUCUGACUUAAUGUGGCAUAGGAGGUUUCACAGCAGUGGUCUGAAGUGUUACAGUUUACUAUUAAACAUUGCUACUGAAGUGAUUUUCUUUUAAAAGUGCAGUAUAAUAUCUUAAGAGAAGGCACAGUCUUUAGUUCAGGGCUAAACUGUGCUCUUUAGCAUCUUCAGGAAGUGUGUGUAUGAAAAGUUUGUAACCUUCCCCACAGCCCCAGCACUUCUUGAAAAUUCAGAGACUUUAAUAGUCAAAGAUUCCUCCUGUGCACUGUUAGUGCACUUUAUUACCUCUUGUAAAGGUCUGUAACUCAGGUUUUAGUUGCACAGUGUCUUCAGAACUGCUUUUCACAGUCCACAGUAGAAGUUGUAGGCAGAGUUAACAUCUUUUUUUAGACAAUCCUCUACCUACAAACUUUGUCUUCCAUUGCCUGAUUAUUGUAGCUCUAUAGCAACACUAUCAUUACAGCACAAUAGUUACCAGAAUUUGCAACCUGAAAUGGAAAAUGUGCAGCAGAACUUG